AUGUCUGAGCGCAUCGGCUUCAUCACACGCCUGCCAUCGCUUACACAGUUUCUAGUUGAAGUGACAGUUCGUGGAAAGAUUGAUAAGAACACAGGGAUGGUCAUGAACCUCACUGAUCUGAAACAAUUUAUUGAGGAGGCCAUCAUGAAACCUCUUGACCAUAAAAAUCUGGAUCUGGAUGUGCCGUAUCUUGCUGAUGUCGUCAGCACCACAGAAAACCUGUCCGUGUUUAUUUGGGACAGUAUGGGGAAGCUUCUGCCACCCGACAGCCUGUAUGAGAUCAGAAUAUAUGAAACGGACAAAGAUAUUGUGGUGUACAGAGGAAAAUAGAGUAUAAUUCAGCUGCGCUGCUGCAUCAGCUCUCGGGACAGCAGUAAACGGUGAUGAAUUUUAGAAAGUACAUUAGGGGAGAGUGGCUCCUGCUGCGUUUCACUACAGAAUGGGAUUAAUGUCAGUCACUGGGAGUUUGGCUCAGUUGUCAGCCAUGUGAUAUUGAUCCUAUUACACACAGAGAGAUUACACACACUCACUCACUCACUCACUCACUCACUCUCUCACACACUC